CUCCGGGCUUUAUACCUCAGAGCUUCAUACGUUGGUACUUACAAAAAGAAUGUAAUCCCGACCCAAAGGAGCAGCUUUUAUAACGCGUUAUUGAAGACCAACCCUACUGUCCCUACGCUCAAUCCAGAGGCUGUACCCCGCAAUGUCCACACUUGAGUCCAAUAUCAGACAGGCGCUCGAUGUGCUGCUACCCAAGAUUCAGAAGCAACACGAAAGCUCCUCUAAACCGAUAGUCCUCGGGAUCACGGGAUUGCAAGGGUCAGGCAAAUCUACCUGGGCUGGCAAGAUAGUGGAGAUCCUUACGUCUGAACACCAAUUGUACACUGUCACCGUGUCUCUGGACGACUUCUAUAAGACACACGAUGGCCUAGUGUCGCAAAGAGACCAAGAUCCCGAAAAUAAGCUGUAUCGUGUGCGUGGUCAACCAGGAACCCAUGAUGAGCGAUUGGCCGCGCAGUUUUUCAAGCAGCUGGAAGCGUACAGCGGAGACGCCGAGCUCAAGAUCCCAAGUUUCGACAAGAGCCAGUUCAACGGCGAGGGCGAUCGAGCGCCUGAAUCAGAAUGGCACUCGGUCUCGCGAAAGCCUGAUGUUGUGGUAUUCGAAGGCUGGUGCGUCGGCUUUCAGCCUCUCCCAGCUCCUGCGGUUGAGGAGAAACACUCACUAGCGCUUGCUGGAAAGCUGCCCAUCAACACGCCCGCGCAACAUCAGAUAUCACAUCUACUGGAGAUAAACGACAAUCUCAAGAGAUAUUGCGAUGCGUUUAUGGGCCCUACUCACUUUGAUCUCUUCGUUCACAUAGACACUUCUGAUCUGCACAACGUGUACACCUGGCGCUUGGAACAGGAACACAAAAUGAUCGCGGCAAAAGGUUCAGGCAUGUCAGAUGAGCAAGUCAGAUACUUCAUCGACGGAUACAUGCCGAGUUAUGAGGUCUAUUUGGAUACCCUAAGGCAGGGUCUCUUCCAAGACAAGGGGAGAAUGGUCAGAGUUGUCCUCGAUCGGCAAAGAAGUGUGGAGAAAUUGGAAGAGUUAUGAGGCUGUGGAUCAGUCAACGAGCUUGCAGGAAGCGUAUGUGUUCUAUCCGGGAUGCGUCAGUACGAAGGUUCACACUAACAAAGAUCUCAUAAUCUAUGGUUCUUCAUUCUAUAACCGAUGUGCGAAAUUGCUGUACUAGCAGUUGUGAAGGAACCCGCAAAGUGAAUGACACUUCACG